CUCUUUGAUAAGAAGAGAUUAAAUGAGUCUUUACUAAUGCAACUUCAGUGCAAGUUGCUCGCUUACAUGUGAUGUGACAGCACAAUCUCCACAACCUUCCUAGAUAUGCAUAUGAGCUUUUAUUUCUCAUCAAAAGUCUAUGACUUCCUGUUUUAUGGGGUCAACAUCACCACAACAUGGGGCAUGGUGUCCCUGUGUCUAGGCCUGGUGUCGCUCUCCAUCCUGGCUGAGGGCUUCAAGGUGGCAAGGUCGCAACUCCUGAAGGUGGCCAUGUCCAGACGUACAGGAUGCACCAAAUAUGAAGUGCCAGAAAGGUCGCCCCUCUUAAUGUCUCAGUCGUUUCUUGGCCGUAGGAAUGAAAAGCUGUUGUACAAACGCAGGAUAAAGUUUCACAUCCUCCAGUCAUUCCUGCAUGUCAUCCACCUAACCAUCGGCUACAUUCUGAUGCUGAUCGUCAUGACUUACAAUGCAUACUUCAGCAUUGCAAUUAUAGGUGGGGCAGGGCUUGGCUACUUCUUCUUUGCCCUAUUUGACCUGCCCAGCAAAAUCCUGGGGACCUCACGCACAGCAGUGAGAAAACGAAGCAACAGCCAUACGCAGGGAGCUGAAGCGCCCAGCAGUCCGCAAGAAGCUGACGCCCGCGACCGAGGCAGCUGCUCAACCUCUGUCCCCUGUGGCAAUUGUGGCGAUUCUUCCUGCGGCGGCUGCACGCUGCACAGGCGCCUGGACGCCGUUGCCAUUCAGGCGCCGGAUACAUUCAAUCCUGUUUGAAUGUAGGACCAGUGUCUUCUGGAUGUGUUUUUUGUGUGUAAUAUGCUUGUGAUUCACGUUGACACUCAUAUGAGGGCUACCAAAUAUAAAUACAGCACAGUCUACAUACAUACAAUACAUCCUAAAAUAGAUAUCCACAUAAACCACUGCAUGUUUGUGUGCGUCUUUCUACUUGUUCUUACCUGGUUGUUUCAAUACGGGAGAAGAACUAGGCUCAGGUGGUCCAGUCUGUUUGUUUGUGUGUUUGUGCAUCUCACGAAAACUACUUAAUUUGCAUCCCAAUAUAUUCAAAUAGGUAAACGCAUUAAAUACGACGUCAACGGAGAAAUACUUUCAUACGAGACGUAGGAUGAACAUAUUACAUUCUACAUCAAAUACUGUUCUAAACUCUGGAUCAAUAAAACGGAAAUAAAAGUGAA